AUGGACUCACUCCAAUCAACUGGAUCCCUCAAACGAACUUUGCAAAAAAUAAGAGAUUUCAAUUUUAGUGAAACUGAAUUUUAUGAUGUUUCACAAGAAACUAAUCUUCUGAAACCCCUUGAAGUUCAAGAACUUCCACAACUUACGGAAACCACUUUCGAUGUCUCUAAGAAACUUGUCACUUUCCAUCAAAAUAUUAGCGGUGAUGAUGGAUGCAGUUAUCCAGUUAUAAGCAAGAUAUUUGAAGAUUUUGAUAAGGGGAGAAUCAGUUUUGUUGGUCAAGCUGGCUGUGGUAAAACGACUCUACUCAAAAUUGUAUCUCGAGAAAUAAUGGAUAAAAAAAUACCAAGCCUAAUAGAUGUAGACCUUUUGUUUUUCCUGAAUUGUCAAAAUUUUGAUCCAGAAAUAAAUGUGACACUAGAAGAACUAGUUUUUCAAAAUAUUAAACUUGAUGAAGAAGAGAAAAUAUCCAUAUUGAAGAGGAUCAAACAACAUCCAAGCAAAUGCCUAUUUGUCUUAGAUGCACCUGAUAUCUUGGAUUAUACUUCCUGUAACUGUGGGAAGAAAAUUACCAAAGGAGAGAAAUGCCAACCUGCGAAAAUCUUGUUACAACUUAUUCGUGGCAAGUUGUUUCCUCGUUGCCGCGUUAUUACAUCUGAGAGAUAUUUCAACCCAGAUGAUUCUGAGCCUCAGAAAGUAAUAGCUCUUUCAGGUUUGAGUCGAAAUUCUAUUGAAAAAAUCGCUAUAGGAUAUCUUGGUAAAAUGGAGGGAAUUCGAAUGUUGCAAAAUUUGCAAACAAGAUCUCCUUCACUGUUAUCCCUCUGUAGUAUUCCAGUAUUUUUGACAUACACUAUCAUUGGUAUGAAAAGCAAUUUUAAGCCAAGCACAAUGUCAGGCGUUAUGGUUAACUUGCUCCAAAGUUUUGUAAGGUCAAAAAACAUCUUGAAUUCAAACAUGAACGAUAUAUUCGAAAGAUUGAAACCGUUAUCAUACACUGGAAUUCAGAAGAAUAAAGCAAUCUUCAAUUCUCAAGAUUUGAAACGACAUCGUCUUACAUUCAAGGAAACCGGAGAUUUCACAUCUUUGAAAGGUCUUGUACAGGUCUUCAAAGAUCAACAACUGAUUCACUUCAAUCACUUUUCGAUACAAAUGUUUCUAGCUGCAAUGUUUGUUGCUGAGCUUCCAAUUAAUGAAUUCCGCCAAACGGUAAUCGAAAUGUUUGACAAUUCUCAACAGAGUUCAAUUCUUCGGAUUAUCUUUGGUCUUAUACUUGAUGAUGAAGUUACUGAAGCUUCACAAGGUUUGCUGGAAGUUCAAGAUCAACUGGAAGAGAAAAGGAAGUUUUUGAGACAAAUUGUUCGUUCAAGAAUACAAUCAGUCGGAGGGAUCAUCUCUGAUUUGAACUUUCUAGCAUGUAUCCAUGAAGCAAAAAAGGGAAUUCAUGAUCUCAUAAAAAUGCAUAUUCAUUCUUUGAAGAUAGAAAAUACCAGUUAUCCUUUAACUCCUAAUGAUGCUUAUAUCAUUGGAUCAAUAGCUCAAAAUUGCGAUGGAAUUCAGAGUUUAUCAGUUAUGCGUACAGAUCUACAGCCUCACACAACAUCAGUUUUGAAAAGUUGCUUGGAGGAAUCCACAGUUUUGAUAUCGAAUCUGUGUGUUUCACACAAUCCAAAUUUGAAAAGAGGUAUUGUGCAUAUUGGAUCAAUUAUAUCUCACUGUAAAACUAAAGAUGUACAGAUGAGUGGUUGCUACUUUUCAGCUCCAGAGAUAGAUUCUUUUCGAAUAUCUCUUCAAGGAUACAAGGUUGAGAGAAUGGAUUUAUCUAUUCAAUGUGCCAUUGAUCCAUCAAAUAUGAUACCAAAAAGUGAAAACCGUUUCGUAAAUGCCUUUUGGAAUCUCAGUCCAAACAAUUUGUCAAGUAAUGACGUGAUAAAAAAUCAAUUGAAUGCAGUCAGGAAGACAGUAAUUGGAGCAACACAACUACCAAUGAAAGUAGAACUUCUAGGAAAUUGGAAGAAGGUGUCAGCUGCAGAUUAUGUGGCUAUAACUAAUUUUCUUAUUCAAUGUGUUGAAAACAAUCUUACUUUAUAUGGUUGGAAAUUUGAUGAACAUCUCCGUGGUGUUUUCGAGACUGCAAUGGAUUACUUGCAUUCCGGAAAGAGUGUGACUCUGUCAGAAAACGACAUUAUCGGCACUAAAAACUCAUGGGACUCCUCUGACACUUUGCUGCAUUUUUGUGAAUUACCAAAGUAUAUUCCAAACAUAAUAAUACCAAUCGAUAUUGUUUGGAAGCAACCGUAUGAUUAUGAACAAUUUGAUAUUGUCCUAUUAUAUGAUGAUGAUAAAAGCACAAAAUUCCAAACAGCGAAAGGAAAAGAGUGCAAGAUUUCAACUUCAACAUCGCAUCAAAAGUAUGUUCUUUUCAUAGUUGGAAUGCCAACUAAGAAAACUGGUGGUACCAUUUCUGGAAGAAGUGAAUUCGAACAUAGUAUUCUGAAUAUCUUUUGGGCUUUGAGAAAAGCCGAAACACUAAGCUUAAAGAUUAUAAUUAAUCAGAAUGCGGUGAAGUUACUGUGCUCAAAUAUUGAUUGUAAACUUCAAUCUGCAAAUCCAGUUCAGGCUACAUGCCAGGAGUUGACAACCCUUACGACUAGUGAAAAUUUAGCUGAGAAACAAGUCAUGACAGGUUUCCUUGAUGGAAUAGAAACACCUGAUGACAUGAUUAAAAAAUGUCAAGAACAAAAUGUACUACAUUGGAAUGAGAUUCAAAUCGCUCAUACGAAUGUUACAAUAUCUACGGUUGACUUUGUUUCAAAUGUCAUCAGUAAUUCAUCAAGUAUACUAGAGUUUGCAUUACGCGAUGUGAACCCGACAACAGACUUAUUAACAACCAUUCUUUCUUAUGUCGAGAAUUCUUGUUGCCAAAUACGCGAGUUUUCAGUAAACUGCGAAAAAAAUAUAUCCUCUUUACUGCCUGUGAUUUGCAAGAUUUUAUCAACCUGCAGAUCUAAUAUACUCAACAUGAGUGAAAAUGAUAUUUCAGAAGAAUUUCUAAGAAAGUUAUCCUGGAAUCUUGAUGAUACUAACUUGGUGAAGACACUCAUUGGGCUAGAUCUCAGCUACAAUACAAAUAUUCAAGACUUUUCUUCGCUAGCUGAUAUAUUGAAGAAAUCAUCAAUUGAAAUAUUAAGACUGAUGAAUUGUGGAAUAAUAGAAGAAUACCUACAAUCUUUGACUAGAAAUAUUUCUGAGGGAAAGGCAAGAUACAAUUGUAUUGUUAUUUUUUAA